UGUUUUGUUGUUGUACACUUGGCACUCGGCACAGGAUCUGUCCCGGAAAAUUGCAAAAUGCUUAACAUUGCGACUCAUAUGGACUUUGAGGGCCAAGGAAGGGCCGAAAAGCUUUCCCGUAUCAUCAUCACCUUGUUCGGUGCGGUCGGGCUGCUAUGGGGCUACAUCAUUCAACAGUUUUCGCAAACCGUUUACAUUUUAAUCGCUGGCGUUGUACUGGCUUCUCUCCUCACCAUUCCACCGUGGCCAAUUUAUCGUAAGAAACCGCUUAACUGGCAAAAACCUCGACCAGAUACCCAAACAACACAGAGUUCGUCCGAUGAUACGAAGAAGAAAAAGAAAAAUUAAUCAUUGUGUAGCUUUUUGCUGUGUCUAUGCGAUACGCGUUUACAAUAAAACUUAUAACGAUCAGUUUCUCGAU